AUGGGAUUUCCUGGCUGUACUGGAGGAUUCAGCUUCGAGGUCGAAUAUAGUCAGAGUUUAUUUAAAAAGAAAAUUGAAGUUACGGAUGAUUGUAAAGUCCAGAAACGCCCUUGCAUAAAAUUCAAUCGACUGAAGAUGAAUUGCGAAAACCAAACAGAGUAUGAAAUUUACACAAUUGCAGAAAAAUCAUUAAUGAUGGCUGACCGUUUAGCUGUUGUAGGAUUUUACCAUCGAGAGGAACCAAAAGUAAGCAAAUGGGAAUUCCUGAAUAAUUUUACACUUGCAGAAAUCAAAAAUAUCAUGAAACCAGUUUUACAGAGGGCCAAGUCAGAAGCAAAGAUUCCAGUCGGGAAUCUGUCCUCCAGUCUGAGAAAGAAGGGGAGCGCUUCUGAUUUUAGAACAUCUUCUACAGGGAUUGGUAUUCUUGGAGGAAGUCUUUUAGGAGUGAUGUUUUUGGUCAUCUUCGUGUCCGAUAUCGUCACUUUGAAAAUCCAUUUAAGGGCCAUGUUCCGAAAUGUCUAUCAUUUUGUAAGAAAGGUUACAGGCAAUCUUGCUGAAGAUUAG